GUUAGUUGUGAGCAGCCCGAAAGGAAAUGUGGAAUUAUUUAUUAACAAACUGUUUCGUAUUUUUUUCUUCAUACUUACUGAUUUCUGUAUCUGAAAGCAGAAAAUGGCCGUCACAGUUUCCACGAUGUUACAGAGAUGAUCCCCAACUAAAUAAAUGUAUACUAGAAGCAACAAGAACAAUGAAACAUUUUUUAAUGAAAGGCAUAACUGAAUUUAAUUUUCCUCCAAUAUCUCCGUUUUAUGUUCCUGAGGUACACAUUCACCAAGGGGGUCCUAACGAUUCGGUCAGUUUUAAUCUGACAUUGAAGGACGUAGUCAUCACUGGAUUUGACAGUUACGAGUUCGAAAAAUUUGACUUUGACCCAAAAACCUUACAAUUUGAUUCCGAAUUAAAGAUGGGUGCAUUGAAUUUUAAGGCCAAAUAUGUGGUGAAUGGAAAAGUUUUAACUAUACCACUUGACGGUAAAGGGAACAUGAAUUUCACAAUUACUACAUCUAGCGGUACUUUGAAACAAAAUGCUUCAUUAACUACUAGAAAAGGUCAGAAGUAUUUAACAUUACAUCCUCCUAGUAUCCAUAUCGACGUAGGAGACGUAACAGAUCCUCAUUACGACGGAUUAUUUGACGGAAAUGAAGUUUUGGCUAAAGCUGUAGAAAAGGUUUUGCAGGAUUAUCAAAAAGAACUCGGAGAAGAAAUGAAACCGACGGCUGAAAAAAUUAUUGAACAAAUAAUAUAUGAUCUUCAACAGAAGCUUCAAAGUCGUCUUCCUUACGAUGAAGUAUAUCCGGUUCACGAACAAGGCUUAUGAAGCGACAUUUUAAUUACUAAUCCAUAUAAUUUUCACAUAAUUUAAAACGUACCUAUGUGUUUCAGUUUAGUACGAAUUAUGUAGAAAAACCCACUUCUCAUUGUUGAAAAAAUUGUUACCUAAAAUUUUCCAGUUAUAACUCAAUGCUAAAUUAGACUUUAGUUAAUUUUAAUUAAUUUUCUGUAUUUAUGUAUCGUUUGUAUAUAAGUAGUAAAAGAUUUGUUCCCACAUCGAAUUCUAACUGUUUUUUACAAUAGAAAAUAAUAUUAUCGAUAUGUUUGUGAUAAUAAGUACAAUUCUAGAUGUUUUCAACAUUGUUGUUCCAGAUCAUUAGAUUAAAUAGUUUUGAUUAAUUAAACUAAGAAUGUAAGAGUUGCUAGGGGUUUUAAGUUUUAAACUAGGAAACUUUAUUAUCAAAUUUUGUUCUUAAUUAUUAUUGUUCGUGAUAUCCCUAACACACUAUUUACGUGUGUGUUAUAAUAUGGAAAAAGAAGAAAGAAAGUUUUGUACAAAAUAUGUUUUAUUUAGCAUUUCAUUGGCAUUUGUUCAGAGAAAAAAUUAAAUAUAUAUAAUAAUUAAGAACACUUAAAAUACAUUUGAAACAUGAACAUGUCAUUCUGGAAAUAAUUCUUUAACCGAGAAUUUUUCAAAUAAUCUGCUAAUGAGUCCAAGCACUGUCUGUUUAAUUGCUAAAUGUAUCGAAGGCCUUAAUUCUUGUAGUAUCUCAUCGAUAUUUUCAUUGAGGAUUUUAUUUGUUUGCUCGGUGAGUUCAGGAUUAUUUCUAAAAAGCCCCUCAAAUUUAAAAAUUGCUUUGUGUACCUUUUCAUCUAUUUCCAUGGUAGAAAAUUUUAAAUGUUCGUUGUUUCCUUUUUUGUAGCGUUGUGCUUGCAAUGUAACAUCUGCGUCAACACCGGCUGCAAGAUAAAAUUUGUUUGAAGAAAAUAAAUAAUAUUCAAUUGAA